GGCUGGAAGUACUUGGUCGUCUUCCCGCCGUUUGUUUACAUGCUGAGCAGCUCCCUCCGCAGAGAAGUGCAGUGCGGGUCCACCUUCAGUGGGUCCCUUCUCACAUAGGCAUCAUGGGCAACACAGUGGUGGACCAAGCUGCCAACCUGGCACACACACAUCCCCAGCCAAUUCACAGCCCUCCGGACCACAGUGACCUCAAGAUCCACCUCCGACAGUCCUCCAACCGCCACUGGACCACCAGACUGACGAUAGACCUCAGACAGCUCACCCUCGGCCACUACAGACACUCCCCCGCCCAGCACUGGCCCCCCUUCUCCCCCAUUCGCCCCCUGGACACAGCCAUCACCCGUCUCAGGAUUGGACACACCCGCCUCAACGCCCACCUGCACAGACUGAACAUAGUCCAAGACCCACACUGCCCAUGGUGCCCCACACAACCUGACACACCAGAACACCUCCUCCUCCACUGCCCAAGAUUCCACUCCCUCCGCACCACCCUCAAAGCAUCCUUAACCAGUCUCCGUAUUCACAGGCCAACCCUAGAGGACCUGCUGGGCAGCGACGCCCUCAGCCCCACCACUGCCUUCCACGCCCUCAAGUGCACGCAAACCUUCCUGCAGAAGUCGGGGCAACUCGACAGGAUCUAACUCCCGCCCUGGUGACAGGACGGCCAGCACACCCAACAACUCCUGAUAACAACUACCACUGACGGGGCUCUAGAGGCUAAGGGCCCACAGCCUAACUAGCCCCAUAAAACACCCACGAAGAAGAAGAAGAAGGGCCCACAGCCUAACUAGCCCCAUAAAACACCCACGAAGAAGAAGAAGAAGGGCCCACAGCCUAACUAGCCCCAUAAAACACCCACGAAGAAGUAUAAAUCUUCCUCCAAG